ACCCUGUCCCCCGGUCCCCACCUGUCCGUCUGUCUGUCCGUCCGUCUCUCUCUCUCUGCCCCGGUCUCUCUUUCACCCCCAGAUUUUACCGCUGUGGUUCCAGAGACGCCGCGCCUGGACAGCAGCUUGCAGAAGGCCCGCGCCCGGCUGCUAGCCAAGAGCCGCCGGCACCGGCCCUCGCGCUCCCGCCUGCGAGACAGCGCCAGCUCCACCGAGGGCGAGGAGGGGCUGGAGGCGGCGGAGGGGCUGGCGGGCACCCCCUCGCCCAAGUCCUGCCCCAGCUCCGACAGCUCGCCCGGCUUCGCCCGCCGCGAUGCGUGGCCCCAGCGGCACAGCGAAGAUGACAGCAGGGACAUGAGCCCCCCCGAGCCGGCCAGCCCCACGGUGGGGCUGGAUAAGAAGACCCGGAGAAAGUUCCUGGAUUUGGGGUGA